AUGGUUCAUCUUCUAUCGCUGUCUCUGCUUGCAGGCUUGAGCGCUAUUGUGUCGGCCGUGCCUACUAUCGAGGUCAAGGGCUCCAAGCUCUUCACUAGCGAAGGCAAUCAGUUCUACGUCAAGGGUAUUGCAUACCAGCUCAUUCCUGACGAUCCUCUCAUCGACGCGACGCAAUGCGGUCUCGAUUCUGCGCUCAUGAAGACGCUCGGCGCAAACUCAAUCCGUGUCUACCACGUCGACCCCGAUGCGGACCAUACCGAAUGCAUGAAGACGUUCGCAGAUGCUGGAAUCUACCUCUGGGUCGACCUUGAUACCUUCGACACCCAAGUGGAGCAAAACACACCUCGGUGGGAGACAGACCAACGCGACGCCUUCGCCAAAGUCAUGGACGCCUUUGAGCAAUUCGACAACGUAGCCGGAUUCUUCAUCGGCAACGAAGCCAUCACCACAGCCAACGGCUCCGUCACAGCCCCCUACAUCAAAGCCGCCACGCGCGACAUGAAAGCCUACCGCGACAAGAAAGGCUACCGCAACAUCCCCAUCGGCUACUCCGCCGCCGACAUCGCAAGCCUCCGCCCAAUGCUACAAAACUACCUCGCGUGCGGCACCAACGCCGACGACCGUCUCGACUUCUUCAGCCUAAACGCCUACUCCUGGUGCGGCCAAAGCACCUACGAACAGAGCGGCUACAACAUGCUAGAGAAGAACUCCGAGGAUCUGCACAUCCCUAUCUUCAUGUCAGAAACCGGUUGCAACACGGUCCGCCCGCGCGACUUUGCCGACCAAAACGCCCUGUUUGGCGAAAUGGCAGACGUCUGGUCCGGCAGCAUAGUCUACGAGUGGAUCGAAGAGAUGAACAACUACGGCAUCAUCAGCUACGGGCCCAAAGUCGACGCUGCAAGUCCCUCUGCACCACCUGAUGGUUUCCCCCGCUCAGGCAAACCAAGCCCUGUUGAACCGGACUUUGGUAACCUGUCUAAAGUCUGGGCGACACUCAGUCCCACCGGUGUCAAAGCUUCCGAUUACAGUCCCACGCAGACGCCUGUCGCUUGUCCCGCUUACACGUCUGGCGCUUGGGAAGUUAAUCCUAGCUCGCCCCUUCCUACACUCGGUCAGAAACACGAUUUCAAUGAGAGUCCUACGUCUGGUAGUUUCAGCGCUACGCCGACGAGCGGUAGCGGUACCCAGGGCGGCGCGAAGGAGUCCGGCUCAGGCACUGGCGCGAAGACAUCUGCUCCAGCGUCUACGGGCGCCGCAGCUGGUGGGUUGGGUAUGGAGCUCAAGAGCGUGGGUGCAGUGUUUGCUGCCGUCAUGGGCGUCCUUGCGUGGUUGUAA